UUGGGGGCCCUACCUAUUGUCUUGUUAGAAUUCAAACUGCAAGGAGAUGGUUUUUUAUUGUGACUUCUGGAAUGAAUAAAUAAAGCUGUUCAGAGGGAUCCCAGAGAGCUCUCUGUUCAGCCCUGUGUGUUGUGGGUUCCCUGGCCUGUUGGUUGUUUAGUGGGGAAGGGUUGUGGGUUUGUUCGUGAACGAUUUAUCUCCUCUGGCUGAGGGUACUGCAGAGUGGAUUGGCUUUAUAUCUCAGGUUAUUUUGUGGCAGAUGCUUUUGAUAAGUUACUUUGUAAAUUAAAAGGAAGAUCAGCUCUGGGGUCCAUGCAGCAGGUGACCGUUGGUCUUAAGGGCUGUGUUCUGUGGCAGGGGUUGCUUGGAGGUGAAAAGAGGGGGAUCAAUAGCAGCAGUAGAAGCACCAGGGUCCCACCCAAGGACCAGUAUAAUUACCGAGCAGGUUGAUGAACAACAAAAUCAGGAUGCCUGGGAACACUAAGACUUUGGACCCUCGUUAUUUUGUGCUCAUAAGACCAUUGCCCAUCCCCACACAGAAAGGUGCAAAGGUCCAAGCCAGAAGUAGUACCGUUUAUAACUGCUGGGAAUCCACAAGGGAGCAAAUGUUUUGGGAGAACUAUCACAGGAGGCACAAGCAACUCACUCAGCACGGGUACUGGACACCCAGCUGGAAACCUUACCAGGAGCUUGGAAAAAUUAUCUACCUAGAGCCAAAGAAACUCACCCUCCACUAUUUAGGACAGAUGCCCCAGGAACCAAUAAAAGAGGAGGCAUCCACUGCUCAGGAAGAAGCACUAAAGAAAGUGGAUACAGUGACUAUUGCAAAGAUUUCCCCAAGACCAAAGGAACCUUUGAAGACACCCCCAUCAUUUAAACAAAUAGAAAAGGAUCUGAAGACUCUUAGUAAAGAUCUUACUCACACGAGGCAUUUGAUCAGUUCAGUGAAGCAGGGUCGGGGGUAUUUCCACACUCUUCAGAAAGAAACGUUGGAGAGGAAGAAUGCACUGAAAUCAGCACGGCAAAAACAAAAGGAAAAAUGGCGAACUGAAUGGCAGCCACCUAGAGACUCAUCAGAUGAGGAAGACUCUGAUGAAGAGCUAACUGAUUUCUUUUUAACAGAAGGUCCCCUGCUGAGGAAGAAGGCAAAGAAGAAAAAGAAGACUGUCAUACAGCCUUUCAUCCCUGUCUACAACAGUCUUUUGGUUCCACAGCCACCUGCAUCACAUGCUGAACCCCUCUUUCGACAGCUUUGUGCUCUACACUGGCUCUUGGAGGCUUUGACUCUCGAACCCAACUGUUCCUUAAAACCUGUGUUAACCUGCUGGAAUCCAAAAGACCCUGGUGGCAGUAAAAGUACAUUUAAAAAAAUCAGUAAGGACAAGGCAGCACGGUAUAGAUGGGAGCACUUUAUCAUGGAUACAAAGAAAUCCUGCCAGAAAGCACCACGUAGUCAGCUAAGCAGGAAGACAAACAAGAAAACAUCUGUCAUAAGCGUCUCUCGGCUUAGUGGUCUGUCAUCUCCCCAUAGUCGAACUCCUCUGGGCAGCAUAAGUUCCCUAGUCCCCAGCUCUGAAGACAAUACCAAUGUGAAUACAGCUCCCAUUGAUGUCACCAAGGAAUGUGAAGACAGUGAGUCAGUACAGAGCAAACAAACCAGAGAGGAUGAAGAGCCUGUUUCCCACUACCUACAGAAAUUACUCCAGACCAUAUAUGAAGAUGUGGCAAAGAAUUUCAGUUCAGAAGAUAGUGUUAAGAAGACCAGACUGCACAGUUCACCACCAGUAUAUCAAAGGAAUGAGAGAAUGAGCCUAACAGCCUUUAAGGACCAGGAGAGCAUACUGGGACAGAGACCUAAAAGUUCACUAUCGGUGACUCUGAAGGAUGACAAAGUAAACACAACAUUCAAGUACCAAGAGAGCUUAACAUCACUGGACCAGAGGCCUAAAAGUUCACUAUCUGUGACUCUGAGGGAGGACAAAACAACCACAGCAACCUUUAAGGAGGAGGAGAGCACAAAGUACAUAAAGAGGCCUAAAAGCUCCCAUGCCAGCUAUUUCAUUCAAAGUAAAUAUAAUUUGUGUGCUGAGAUGAGGCAGAAGUUCUCUGCAGUAGCUGAAGAAGCAGCUUUUUGUUUGCAUGACAACCUGGAGAUCCUUGAACGGAGGCGAGAGGAGAAGAGCUCUCAGAAAUACCAAUCUUUAAAAAACAUCACAUAUUUUGAGAGAGACCUAGAAAGAAUGAGACAGUGUGGCCUGAGAGCUGAAAGAGAACAUGAUGAAGAUGAACGCAACUGGUUUUCCAGUUUGCUGUCCAGAAUCCCGGACGCUGUGAAGAAUGACAAUCACACACAGAGAAUCUUAAAGAAACUGGAAAAGUUUGGCAAGAACCCGGAUAUGAGAAUCCGUCCCACCAUCUUUCUGAAGGUGCUGAGUGAGCUACGUGCAUGGGAGUUAUGUUCUCCAGACAUCUGUGCAGCCGUGGAGUUUGUGCGUGAAAAUAUUGUUCAGAUGCCAGAAGAGGAUUACAAAGCGUGGCUUCAGACGCGAGUCAGAAUCCCCAGAAGAGCUCAUAGUGCUCCACCCUUGUGCUGAAAGGUCAAAGGAGCUGGUUUCCUGGCCACAAGAGGGAAGUGCUGGUGCUUCGAACAGAGAUCUGGUUCCUGGUAGAUCUGCCUGAAUGAAGGCUGGGGAAAAAAACAUUGGAAACCGCUCCAAUUGUGUAUGCUGGGUCGCUACUGAAAUGUGUAAUUCCACAAUGCUCAUCUUAACACCAGCCCAUAUUUACCCAGUGACCACCAAGAAAGAGAAACCAAACACUGCAGUUCCUUUCCAGGUAGCCUCAUGGCCCUGCAGCAAGAGCUCACUCUCAGGUUUUCAUGUAGAAUUAAGACAAGUUGUAAAUCACAAUGUCAUAUAAGUCCUUCAAAAACACGCCUCAAAAGCAAUGGAGAACUGAGAAUCAGCAACACCUUUUUAUUGGCUCACCCUUUUCCAUUAUAGAACCUUCUGCUUUAGAUGUUUCCAUAGAGAAAACCGAUCUUAGUUGUUACAGUCUGUUCUGCACUCCAGUUUUGCUAUCUUGCCCUUGCUUUAAAAAAAAAAAAUCCCCAGCACUGGAAUAUUUUAAGCUUUGAGCCAAAUUCUUUCUGUGUUCAUUUUUGUAUCUUAGUUAAGAUGUUUACGUUUGUUCUAUACAAGUAUUUUAGGAAUAUCCACGUUGCAUUGGUUUUGCUGUAUUAAAAUCACUAUUCAACUGUUC